AUGGCGACGAGCGAAACCUCCAAGCUCCUCAGCUUCCCCUCGAAGCCGAGGGUGUUCAUCGUCUCCGACAUCUCCAACGAGCCGGAUGAUGCCGAAUCCCUAGUCCGCUAUCUCCUCUACUCUAAUCAGUUCCAGACCGAGGGCCUGGUCGCCUGCACGUCCACGUGGAUGAAGACCAAGGUGUGCCCCCAGGACAUGCACAAAAUCAUCGACGCGUACGCCCAAGUGGAGGCGAACCUGAACCAGCAUGCCCACCCAGACUUUCCCUACCCGUCGGCGAGCUAUCUCAAGAGCAUAAUCAAGCCCGGUGCACCUGUAUACGGUUUCCAAGCCAGCAUCACCGCGCCCUCCAACGAUCCCCUCUGGAUCCUAUGCUGGGGCGGCACCAACGUCCUCGCCUCCGUCCUGUACAAGCUCCGCGCCUCCCGCUCCAAGGAGGACCUCGCCGCCCUGACGGCCAAGCUCCGCGUGUACGCCAUCUCCGACCAAGACGACACGGGCGCCUGGAUCCGCAACACCUUUCCCGAGAUCCUCUACAUCGCCUCCGUCCACGGCUGGAACCACUACGGCAUGGCGGCGUGGACGGGCAUCUCGGGCGACAACUACUACGGCUUCGACCAAGGCGGACCCGACUUCUCCAUGCUCACCAAGGAGUGGUUCAAAGAGCACGUCCAGAUCGGGCCCCUCGGGUCCGCCUACCCCGAUUACCUCUUCAUCCCCGAAGGCGACACCCCCACCUUCCUCUACCUCGUCCAAAACGGCCUCGGCGUGCCCGAGAGGCCCGACUUCGGGUCCUGGGGCGGCCGGUACAAGAAGACCGACGUCAGCGGCGACGGCCUCGCCAGCAACCACCACUGCGAUGCCGUCGACCACGUCGUCGGCCAGGACGGCCGCACCUACAAGUCCAACCACGCCACCAUAUGGCGCUGGCGCGACGCUUACCAGCGGGAUUUCGCCGCCCGCAUCCAGUGGACCCUCUCCCCCUCCCUCGCCGGCGUCAACCACCACCCCGUCGUCUCCGUCAACGGGUCCGCGGGCACCGCCCCCGUGUACGUGACCGCCGAAGCCGGCAGCACGUUGCGGUUCGACGCGUCCGCCACCUACGACCCGGACGGCGACGCCCUCACUUUUAAGUGGUGGCACUACCGCGAGCCCAGCGCGACGCAGUGGUGGGUGUCGGCCGAGGUUGCCGAGGUGCAGAUCGACAAGGAGGAUGCCGAGGGUAGGAUCGUGAACAUCACGCUUCCUGGCCCGGAGAAGUGCUGCGUUGACCUGCUGAGCAGGAAGGCGACCGCGGAGGGCCAGCUCCUCCAUGUUAUUCUCGAGGUGACUGAUUCUGGGUCGCCGAGCCUGACGAGCUACAGGCGCAUCAUUAUCCAGACGACGAAUAAGGAGUUGAAGGGCGGGUCGGACAAGGAGGGUGAGGCGAUUGGCGAUGUCAUGGCCCAGAUGUAG